AUGCACUCAAACGGCGGCUCCUCUGCAGGAACCUCGAAUCCGUUUGCCGCCCUUAUCGAUCAGAACGUUGCAAUCCUCCCACACUUCACCUUUGAAAGUGGCGUCACACUCAACAGUGUCCCCGUCGCCUACAAGACCUGGGGCCGCCUGAACGAACGCGCAGACAACUGCCUGGUCAUCUGCCAUGCUCUCACUGGAAGCGCCGACGUCGAGGACUGGUGGGGCCCACUUCUAGGUCCGAACCGUGCGUUUGACCCAACUCGUUUCUUCAUCUUCUGUGGAAAUGUCAUCGGCUCGCCAUACGGAACAGUCUCGAGCGUGACAACCAACCCCGCGAAUGGCAAGCCGUAUGGCCCAGAGAUGCCUGGCAGCAGCAUCAAGGACGAUGUACGCUUGCAUUUCUCCGUCCUGCAGCAACUGGGCGUCAAGUCGAUCGCCGCCGUAAUCGGUGGAAGCAUGGGCGGCAUGACUACCCUCGAAUGGCCUCUGAUCACCCCGCCUGGCUUUGUGCGCGCAAUCGUGGCGCUCGCAACGUCUGCGCGCCACUCGGCAUGGUGUAUCUCGUGGGGCGAGGCACAACGCCAGAGCAUCUACUCGGACCCCGACUACCUUGACGGUUACUACUACGACACACCCCAUGGGAUCGACAUGCACGCACAGCCCUCGCGCGGCUUGGCCGCCGCGCGCAUGGCCGCGCUCCUGACCUACCGGUCUCGCGACAGCUUCGAGUCGCGCUUUGGGCGCAAGACCGGACAGGGGAGGAAGAACAAGCCGAACGGAGGGGUGCGCGUCAUGGGCGGAACCGAGACCACCAACCCUCUCGAGCCGGGCGAGGUCGACAUCCGCUCUCAUCUCUGGAAGCAGCACAAUGACGGACAUCGGUCAUGGGCCCACUCAAGUCAGCACAACUCGCGCGCUCCCUCCCCACCCAGUCCAAACGCGUCGAACCGGAACAGCUUGGACAUGCCCAACGGCUCCAACAUAGACCUUGGCAUUCCCAGUGGAAUCGGCGCUGGCGUCCGCCAGCCAAAGAUCUUCAACGCGCAGUCGUACCUCCGCUACCAGGGCGACAAGUUUACCUCGCGUUUCGACGCCAACUGCUACAUCCACAUCACUCGCAAGCUCGACCAGCACGACCUGAGCCACCCCUCCGUCUUCCCGGGAGGUGUGAGCCACAACCUGCCAGCCGUGAUUGCCGAGGACGACGUCGAGCUCGAGCGCGCGCUGCACCACGCGCUCUCUCUCGAGCCUCCUGCCCUCAUCAUCGGGAUUGAGUCCGAUGGCCUCUUCCAGCCAAGUGAGCAGCGUGAGCUGGCUGCCCACAUCCCCGACGCCGAGCUGGUCCUCAUUCCCUCUCCUGACGGACACGACGGCUUCCUCCUCGAGUUCGAGGCGAUCAACGGCUGGGUCGACGGCUGGAUGCGCCGCAAGCUCCCCGAGGUGUUUACGCAGCGCGUCAUCCCCGUUGAGGAGUACGAGGCGGCCGAGCAGGACGGAUUUGCCGUCAAGAAGGAGAGUCUGUUCGGCGAGGCAGAGGCCGACGUCACGCGCUGGUAG